AUGAUCUCGUCACUCCCGCCCGACCACCCACCCAUCCCGACCACCUCGACUGCCCAGUUCCCGAGUCGCCCUCCGCCUGCGUGCCCGAUGAGCCAGCUCGCUGCGACUAGGCCGCCUAGUCCGACGGCCCAGCAUCCUUAUGCGGGCGAAGUGUUCACGCUGGGAACAAGGAACAGCAAGCUUGCCAUGGUCCAGACCGAGAUUGUCCGCCGCGAACUCGAGGAGCGCUGGCCUGGGUGCGAGAUCCGCAUCUUCGGAAUGACCACCCUUGGCGACAACGUUCAGUCGCAACCGCUCUACACUUUCGGAGGCAAAGCCCUCUGGACGAAAGAGCUCGAAGUCGCCCUCCUCUCGAACCAGGUCGAUGCGAUCGUCCACUCGCUCAAAGAUGUCCCAACCGAGUUCCCUCCCGGCUGCGAGCUCGGCGCCGUUCUCGAGCGCGAAGACCCUUCCGAUGCACUGGUCGUCAAGGAUGGGCUGCCGUAUACGAGUCUGGAGGAGAUGCCCGAGGGCAGCGUGAUCGGGACGAGUAGUGUGAGGAGGGUUGCGCAGUUGAGGCGCAAGUUCCCGGGACUCAAGUUUGCUGACGUGCGCGGCAACCUUGGCACGCGCCUCCGCAAGCUGGACGACCCGAACUCGUCCUACACGGCCUUGAUCCUUGCCUCGGCCGGCCUGCUCCGCCUCAACAUGGGCCACCGCAUCACCUCAUCAGUCGCCUCCCCGACGCUCUACCACGCCGUCGGACAAGGCGCGAUCGGCGUCGAGAUCCGCGAAGGCGACGAGCGUGCUCGCGCCAUUAUUGGCAGCCUCGAGUGCUGGAAGACGAGUUGGAGGACGAGGGCUGAGCGGAUGAUGCUCCGUGUCCUCGAGGGUGGAUGCUCGGUCCCUGUCGGGUGCGAGACCAAGUUGACGGAGGUGUUUGUCAAGGGCGGAGAGGGCGACACGCUCCCUUCUUCGUCGCCCAAGAAGGUCGACACGCACGGCUUGAUCGUCGAGAAGGACGGUCCGCCUGUCGCCGUCUCGCCCGAACAAGUCUCGGACUUUGUCAAAAAGAACGCGAACGGUCGCGCCGUCACCAACGCGAACGGGAUCGCGAUUGCCGAGCCGGACGACACGCAGGGUAUUCCCGACGGUCACCCCGCCGUCAACCCCGCUGCCGUCUGCCCCGUCACGGGCAAGACCCUCCCCGCCGCACCGAUCUCGCCUCGUCUCGCGAAGAAAGACCUCUUCCCCCUCCCCUCGCUGCACAACUGCACCCACCGACCCGGCUUGCACCCUUCGUGCCCGUCGUCCACGUCCCUCACGCACCAUGCGACGCUCACCCUCACCGGAACGAUCACCUCGCUCAGCGGGACGAGGGCCGUCUUCUGCACGCUUGCACGGAGGGUGCACUCGGUCAUCGACUGCGAACAGCUUGGUGCGGAUGUCGCGAAAGAACUUGUUGAGGGUGGUGGAAAGGAGAUCUUGACAGAGCUGGGGAGGCACGUCAAGGAGGUCGGCACCUCCACCUCGCUCGACGGCCGUCCCAUCCCCCUCACCGUCCCGGGCGACUCCGUCACCGACUCGUCCUCCUCGAUCCCCAUCACCGUCCCCGGCGCACCCUCUUCUCCUCCCGCCAUCUCCGCGCUCUCGAAGAGCCCUCACUCGCAUCGGACUGUGUUCAAGGAGGGAGAGGUUUGUCUCCGGCCUGUUGGGUGGUAG